GUGAACAAGUCCGAUUUCUGUGUUUUUGUUUACGUUUUGAUUUUUAUUUAUCAUUUCUUAUAAAUUUUAAUUUUUCCAAUUAUAAAGUUUGAUUUUUAAUAUCAAUUAUGGACUAUUCACGUUCCCUACCAAACGAUAUGAAUAAUAAAAUGAAUAAAACUAAAAAGGACGAAAGCAAACCACUCUCGGAUUCUUCAUGUUCUCCUGACUCGUACAACCACAACUCCAGCAACAAGAAGAAUUGGAAACUUCUCAUAGCACAAGACGGAGAAUUGUUUUUCAUCAAACGAUCCAAGAAAUCUGCAACCUUACCUGGUUCUGGGCAGAUUAACAACAAUUCGCCAUCCUCGAAUCAACGCAGGCCACCUCUUAAUUUGUCUAAAUUAUCAACAAUCAAAAAUGUAGACAUCAACAAAGAACUUUACCUAAUAGUAAGUUCAAUGGAUCGUUAUAGAUUUGGUCGCAGAUCUUCGAUAAUUGAAUCCAUGCUGGGCUUUGGCGUUAUUCCCUUUAGUGAUAAUUUUGAAUGCUUAAUGAUUACUAAUAUCAUUGAUAAAUCACUGACUAACGAGUAUCCCUACAUCCAAGAGGGCGAUUGGUUUAAGUCCAUGGAUAACAUUGAAGUGCGGACUGAGAACAUCGACAAACUUCUCAUGCAAUACACCAGAGCCACCAAGGUCAGACUUACCUUCAAGAGCGCAUAUGCCCCACAAAACAACAACGAGGAUGAUAACUUGGAAUUGGGCGAUCUUCACAGCUUUGACGACUUCGCACUCAGCCACAGGCAACUUUAUGAGCAUAAAAGCUCUCCCGACAGCCAAGACAACGUUUUCCUAACUUUGAUAAUACAUCGGGAAUAUUUUCAAGACGAAAACAACGACUUCCUAUUCUACUAUCCUUUUCUAUCGAAUAACUUUCUCUACACAGCUAAGGGUAGCUUCUUAACUCUAGACUCGCUCAUCUCCAACGACCUUAGAUCGAAGGCAAUUCAAAGCACGAUCACAGUCAAUAACAUUAAAUACUUCAUAACUUAUGGCCAUCUGAACGAUAUGUUGGUUGUGAGCGCGUUUGCCUCAACUCACCAGAGCAAACACCAAACAAAAUCAAACUCCGACGAUUUUCUGAACUUUUUAAAAUUUAGUAUCUCGGAUUACCAAGGUUUGCGAGCCCGACAAGACCUCGGUCAUGUUUGUGAUAUCUUCAAAAAUAAUAUAAUCGAUCAAAACAAAGACUCAACUUUAAAUUUGGGUUUUCUUGCAGGUUCAUCCUUGGGUAUGUCUCUUCCAAAAGAGGCACAGCUCAGAAUAUGUGAUGCUCUAAGUGAAUUCGAAUCAAUGGAUCACAAAAAGUGGAACGAAACCCACAAGACCUCGUCUGAUCUCAUUGUUUGUGGCACCAGCCUAUAUUACGGCAGAUGGUUGCUCUCUUCGAAUUUGCCAGCAGACUUGAGAAUAUCAAUUGAGUGCUAUCUCCGCGUAAAAGGGAUGAGCUCGUUUCCCAACAUCAAAGAAAUGUAUAUUUGGGAGGAAAUAAAAACCAAAAUAGAGAACAAUGCAAACAAGCACUACUUGGGAAUAUGUCUCUGCAAUAAUUUAAUGUUGAUAACAGUUCUAAAAAGUCCUCAGCAUCAACUUUCAAAUUCCGAUAUAUCCUGCAUUCCCUAUAUGGAAGAAAUAGCCAAUACCGUUGAUUAUCUGCUUUCCUCAGGCAUAGAUUGUAUAUCACAGUUCUGGAUCGAUUCGGCCAAGCGUCCAUCCAUGAAGAAAAUGAGCCAAUUUUCCGCAACGCGCAAAUUCACCAUUCAAAAAGAUAUCUCUCUAGAUUGUAUAGAUGCCGACAAUGUGGUAUCUCAAGAGUCCCUGCCUCAUAGUCUACUAUCGAGCAGUCAAUCGGAGGAUGGGGUUCGGAGAAAUUUGGAUUCAGAAAGUCUUUCUGAUGGUUUCAAUGAUUUCAAAGAACACCAUAAAGAUUAUGAGUCCAUUGGACCUCUGUUAAACGAAGUAAAGAAUAUAAUGCCGAUGAAUUGGACUGCAGGAUGGUCGAACGAUCUGAAGUUCUUCCUUCAUUGGAAUUGUGCUGAUGCUGUGAUUAUGAGUCCCCUGAAAUCGAUUUGCUCGGAGGUGCAAUUGAGUGUGAUGAAAGAAAAUAUUGUUAAUAUUCACAAUUUGAUUUAUAGCAAUUAUAAUUGCAAGAAAAAACAAAGAGACACGUUAAAUGCGAACUGGAAUAGAAACCUUGUCCUACGAGAACAUGGCAUUUGUGUUAAUUUGAAAAACCACGAUUCUGAAGAAAGUGAGACUAUUUUCAUUAUUGGUCGGUUGUUUGGAUCUCCUUUGAGGGAGAUUUUUGUUUGCUUUGGGCCUAAUUUUUCUCAAAAUCUUGUUGAGCUUGCAUUCCGGAUGUCUUUGUUGAAUGUUGGGUAGGUGAGCGUUUAUUUCUUUACCUGUUUUCUAACUUUUAUCCAUGUGUCUUUUUUUAUUAGAAAAUGUGUUCUUUGUUUGUUUUUCUUUAGUUUUAAAGCGUGUCUCUUAAACUU